UAUACAUAUAUAUGAGACGACAAACUGCAAAAAAAAAAGUGUAAGGCAACGUAAAGCCAACGACGCAGUCGCAAACUCAAGUUAAGUCAGUUAAGAUCGUCGCGAAUCGUGCGAGAGACAUCCUAAGUCAGCUGGCGGGAAAAUUAGUGUUGCAAGCGUCUGUUGCGGUCCUUCAACUGCCUAAUGGAGCUGCCCGUGCAUCGGGGCAACAAUAAUUUAUUCCUGGGUCUGACCAGUGUCGUUGGCCUAAUCGGUGGCGCCUAUCUGCUGCAAUGUGGCGCUAAGCAUUUGCUCAGCAAAUUAGUCACUAAGAAACCGAAGAAGUCGAUUCCCAGCGAGGAGCAGUCCAGCUGCAAUGUCUGCUGUGCAGAAUUGGAUUUGAGCAGUGCCAAAAACUAUGUCACAUGUUGCACGUGUGGCAAGCAGGUGUGUCGCGGCAUCAAGUGCGCCAAUUGGCUGCCCAAGGCAGCGCAAUGGGUGUGCGAAUUGUGCCACAGUUCGAAGCAGUCGCUGGAGCAGACUUCGUCCUGGGUGGCCGAGCAGAUGUCCUUCAAUCAGCAAAAGUUCGUCUAUCCAUUGCGAGCACGCAGCGAAAUCUAUAUACCCAUCAGCUCAGAACUCGCCGACAGCUCGAUGCAGUUCGAGAGCGUCAGUCAGGUUGGCAUGAACUCGACUAUGAAUGCGGAUGAGCGCAGCAGGAUUAGGGAAUAUGUGGAGGAAAUCGUAGCGGAAAUGCUCGGCGGUAAUCUCGAUCACAUCAAAGUCGGCCAAUUGUCCAAGAGCGAGAACUACCUGCAGCUGUUUGAUAAAUUUCAUGCGAAAUUAAGCAAUAUGUUUAUCAAUGUGGAGAACGCUUUGUGCGCACGUGCCUACAAAGGAGAUUUGCCAGCCAUUGUCAAUGGCCAUAACAACAACAACAAGAGCAGCAAUAGUAAUAGCAACAAUAACAACAAUGAUCAACUGGCUGAUAUAUCUCAGACACGUCUGCGCACUCUCAUCGAGAGCAUCAUUGCGGAAACUCUGCGUAGCGGCAGCAACUCGCUCAUGACUCCAACAGGCGCCGUCUCUGAGAUUAGUUUGGAUACGCGCUCCAAUGGGCAGCUAUCGGGCUUUCAUAAUAACAACAAUAACAACAACAAGAGACGCCAUCGCACCGAACACUAUUUCGAGCCAAAAAUCUAUCAGGAUCUAUUGGCCACAGCGGUGCUGAAUAAGAUUGCGGACAAGGAGGGCAAUACCAGGCUUAUAUCGGAGAGUACGCCGGAUUUGAGUGCUCGCAACAUUGAUGAGAAUUACAAUGCGGAAGCUUUGAGCACUACGUCUGACAGUUCCAUAGAGCCGCGCAGCGAUUGCAGCCUAACGGAUCAUGAACUGGGACUCAAUACUGGCAAAUCCGAGAAAAUUGCUGGCUUGCAGUUGGAUUUGGAACGCGAAUCGGUUUUGAGUGACUAUAUAGCUGCUCACAUGGUGCCAUUGCCUGAUUUUUCAGCGUCCGUUACCGAAUCAGAAGAUGAUAUUAUGUCAAUGACAUCGAGCAUGGUCGGCGAUGGCACCUGGGAGGAUAAUUGGCUGUUUAAAAAGAAGCGCAGCACCCUGCAAAGUUCGGCCACACCGAGCAGCAUUGGGAUGCUGGUGCCCGCUCCUAAAGAGAAUAUUCGUGCUCAGAUUGGUGAUCGUACGGCCGACGAGGUUAGCGAUCUGUCCGAAAUCGGUUCCGAUGCAGAGGAAACCUCAUUGGAUUUGUUGCGUUGCGACACUGAGCUGAAUGAUCGGCUCUUGAGCAAGCAUCUAAUUGGCGGACAGAACACAAAACUAGUGCUGGAUGAGCUAGUGGAUCGCACAAGUUUGACCUCAAACACCUUGCCAGCGGAAAAUGAACCGGCUUUCACCGAGACCACAAAUCCGCUCGUUCAACAGCCCACGAAGACAUCGAAGCUGUUGGUACCGCCGCCUCCAACGAGUUUUCAAGAUGAUGAAGAAGAGGAAACCGAAGAUCCAGGCCAGAAACUCAUCGCAGAUCAAUUGAGCUCCGGCUCUCGGUCAGAGCACAGCAAUGAGAGCUCGCCGUCCACCUCGCAUGAGACCUUUAAUGGCGACGCUGAGCUAUUGGCUCCCAAUAAUGAUAGUUGUCCCGAUGAAAUAUUGGAUGAGGCAGUCUCUAGUACAACAGCAACAUAUACUAACCAAAAUACUAAAACACAAAAUACUAACAAAAAUACCAAAACACGUCCAAAUGGUAAACUAACAAAUGGUUCACUGAGAUGGUCACGUCAAAGCAAAACAAAUCAACUAAAUGCCGAUGAUCAUAAUAAUAAUGAAGUUGUUAUCGAUGAUGGUGAUGACGAUGAUGAUGUUAAUAAUAAUAAUGAUGAUGAUAUUGUAAUGUUGCGGCGCUUUGCCCCAGGCUCCAUCGCGGAACGUGAGGUAAAGAAAUGGUAUAAUGCCGUUGAGAUGCCCAACAAUCCGUAUGCACCGGAGGCUUUGAAGCAACGCAUUAGCGGUACACAGGAACGCUUCAUGGAUGUGCCCAAUAUAAGUCCCAGUACCGAGAAGAAGGCUCUGGCACUGAUGACAAAUGCGGCAUCCAGCACGGAGCAGGAACCAGCCAAGGAGGAUUACAAGCGAUACAGUCGCGAUUACUAUAUUAACAAUGCUCCAUUGGCGACCACGCCCACUCGUGGCACCUCCUUGGCCUGCAGCAGCAGCAGCAACAGGAGCACGGAGCCAACGGAUGAGGACAUUGUCAUCAAUGAGGCUCACAAAACAAGCCAAAAGACAGGCGAGCAGCCACAGGAGCGACUGCAGCAGGAACAGGAGGAUACAGUCCCCGAUACGUCCAGCGACAACAAAAGUAUCUAUACAGCUGUGCCCGCCCAGGUGCUGGAGGCGGGCAGCCUGGAUAGUCAAUCGAAUCAGUCAGUGCUGACGACUAGCGAUGAUUCGGAUACCGUGCGUGUUUACGAUUUCAAUAAGCAGGAGACGACAGUCAUUAAGACGAGCACGUCCACAACUACGUCAUCUAUGGAGUCUGCAUUGGGCGGAGCAGCCACUACCAACACCUCCUCCUCCUCCGCCGCCGCCGACGUCGACGCCAACAGCAACAGCAACAGCAAUAGCAACUCCAUAGAUGCAUCACGUAAGCGUGAACGACCCGUAGUGCUGCAAUUUGGGCCUGCGGACAGCACGCCCAAUGUGUGCUGCUCGCCCACGGUGACACCGACGCGCGGCUCCACGCCGCCAGCUUUUCGUUUCCUGCAGCCGAAGCGACGGCUCAUUGAGCCAAGUCAAGUGCUGUCCAUAGACGAUGAUGAAAUGCCCGAGGUAAAAGCCUCGCCCUCAGAGAAACCCGCUGUUGAGGAUGAUGUGGUGCAUGCCUUGCCCUCGGUCAAGGCUCUAGCACAAGCCUUCCUACUCACCAGCAAACGCACGCAGCCCGAGAGACGUUGGCGUGCCAAGACAUUGCAGCAUCAGGCCAGGCUAAUGAAAUCAGCACCUGAUACACCUGUUACACCUGAGAAGCCCGGCACGCCACAGUCGCGCAGGCAAAUGCUGCAGCACACCGUCUCCAUGGCCGAGGUGGCCGAUGAAUCCACUAUAGCCUCCGACUUAUCGUCCCUGGAAACCGAUCCUUCAAUGCACUCGGAUGGGCUACCAUCAGCCAUACCCAUUGCCUCGCCAGCGAGUCCUGUGCCCGUCCGUCGAGGAUUCCUUCGCAGCAAUAUUGCUUUCUUUGAGAACUUAAAGUUUAAGUGAAUAUUGAGUUUAAUUGAAUUUACGCUGUACAAACGCCAUUGGAUGAUAUUCCGCCGUGAGUCAAGGAAUAUGCACAAUAAUGGCGCACAGCAUCCCGCAUACCAAAACGAACACCAAAUAUCGAUAAUCAUGUGCCAUGGCCACAGAGGAGAAUAUUAUAUCAAGUAUUCAAGACAGUACUUAAAACUAUAUUGUACGCCCAGUGUGCGCGAAUAGUUUGAUUUUAAUUUGUAUUUAUUAUAGCUAAACAUAAUUACUUAUUAUAUCCAUGGAUACUAUUAAUUAAAUAUUUAAUAUAUAUUUGCUUUAAGCUACGCAAAAACCCCAUUUAAAAUGACCCGUAUAUCGAUAUCGAUAUCGAUCGACCUAAUAUAUUUAACCGUUAUACAUAGAGUGUCAUGUACCAAUAAACUGUUAUACAUA